UGUAUUCGCACACCCUUGACAUCCGCUACGUCCGUCCCCAUCUGUCAACUGCCAAAAAAAAUUGAGGAAACGGAAAAGCUUUUGCACGAUCGUGCAACAAAAUGCAUUUUCAAUGACAAUUGUAUUAUUUAAUUUUUUUUUUUUUUUUGGUGGCGAACUAUUUGUAGCUUUCAGUAUGCGUGCAACCAUAGUGACACUUGGUCGCAAAUAAAUAUACAUUUGUUAACAAAUUUAAGUUCAAAUACAGUGAGAAAUAGUGCAGCAUCAAAUUGCGCGCCUGCCUUCACGAAACAGCUGACAGCGCAGCAAAACCAAAAGCAAAGGCAAACACAAAAACAAACAAAAACGCAGGGAGAUGGCUUCCUCAGUGCUGUGGCAACAGCUGAAGAGCUUCAUCGUGCGAUAUCCCAUUGCGCGUGGUAUGAUAUCGUAUAGCUUGAUCUGGCCCACGGGCAGCCUGAUACAGCAGACAUUUGAGGGCAAGCGCUGGGGCAAUUACGACUGGUGGCGCGUCUUUCGCUUCAGCAUGUACGGUGGAUUGUUUGUAGCGCCCACGCUCUAUGGCUGGGUGAAGAUCUCCAGUGCUAUGUGGCCACACACAUCGCUACGCUAUGGCGUUAUUAAGGCCGCCGUGGAGACCAUUUCAUAUACGCCCGCCGCAAUGACCUGUUUCUAUUUCAUCAUGAGCUUGCUGGAGUCAAAGACGGUGCAAGAAGCUGUCGCCGAGGUUGGCAAGAAGUUUCUGCCCACCUAUAAGGUCGCCUUAGCUGUUUGGCCUUUGGUAGCCACCAUCAACUUCUCUUUGAUACCUGAGCGGAACCGUGUGCCUUUUAUUAGUGUCUGCAGCUUAUGCUGGACAUGUUUUUUGGCUUAUAUGAAACACUUGGAGCACCAUGAAGUGGAUCAAGUUAUUUAAUUGUGUUUUUUUGUUUGUUAUUGUAAAUACUAGCUUUAAUAAAAUAGGGAAGAUAAAC